GCAGAGACCAUGGAGCGCCCUUCUCUGCUUCUCUGCAAAGGGCUCCUGCUUGCAGCCUCCCUCUUAGCCUGCGGAAAUGCACCCACCGCCGCCGAGCUCACUAUCGAAUUGGUGCCGCCCAUGGUGGCCGAAGGUGGGAACUCCGUGCUCUUUGUGCAUAAGAUGCCACUGAACACCCAGGCAUUUUACUGGUACAAACAGAAGGAUCCCACGAAGAGCUACGAAGUCGCGCGCUACUUAACACCCACGAACGCAUCCUCGAAGAUGCCGCAGCACAGCGGCAGGAAAACGGUUUUCUACAGUGGAUCCCUGCUCAUCAAAAACGUCACCCAGGCUGACAGCGGGCUCUACACUUUACUAACGUUUAACACAGAAAUGGAAAGCGAAUUAACACACGUGCAUCUGGAUGUACAAAAGCCGGUGGCACAGCCCACCCUCCAAGCAGACCAUACCACAGUAACGGAAGAUAGUUCCGUGGCCCUCACGUGCCUCUCAGGAGACCCUGGACUCUCCAUCCGCUGGCUCUUCAAUCACCAGAGCCUGUAUUUCAACGACAGGAUGACGCUGUCCCAGAAAAACAGCAGACUCAGCAUAAAUCCAGCCAGGAGGGAAGAUGCUGGGGAGUAUCAGUGUGAGGUCUCCAAUGGGUACAGUUCUAAGCAGAGUGUCCCGGUCCAAGUGUCUGUGACCAGUGAGUGA